ACAUGUUUACAAACUAAACCGACAAAUUAGGAAGGGCAAAUACCAGAGACGAAAGAGGAGAGACUUAGAAGUAGGAAGUAAAAGCAAAGAAAUCAAAACUGGAUACCACAAAGGCGAAGGAUAAAGAAGUAUUAUCUCGAAACAAACGGAAAAAAGAAAGUCCUGAAAUGGACGAAGACCAUGGCAGUAGUAGCGGUAUUUUGGAAACUGCAAAGGCAGAUAGAUCGGUAUGGUUGAUGAAGUGUCCUCUAGUAGUUGCCAGGUCAUGGAAAAGUCAUGCUUCUUCUUCUGAUUCUCAUCCUGUAGCUAAGGUCGUCCUCUCCCUCGAUCCUCUCCGUUCUGACGAUUCUCUUCAGUUCACUAUGGAGAUGGCUGGGACUGAGAAUGGGAAUGUGCCAAAGAGCUAUUCUCUGAAUAUGUUUAAAGACUUCGUUCCUAUGUCUGUUUUUUCUGAGACAACCCAAGGAAGAGUUGCUAUAGAAGGUAAAGUCGAACAUAAAUUUGACAUGAAGCCCCAUGAGGAGAACAUGGAGGAGUAUGGCAGAUUAUGCCGUGAAAGAACAAACAAGUCCAUGAUUAAGAAUAGGCAAAUACAGGUAAUUGACAAUGACCGGGGAGUGCACAUGAGACCCAUGCCAGGGAUGGUUGGCCUGAUUUCAUCUAGUUCCAAGGAUAAGAAGAAAACAGCACCAGUUAAACAGUCAGACAUGAAGAGAACUAGGAGGGAUCGUGGGGAACUGGAGGAUAUCAUGUUCAAGCUAUUCGAAAGACAGCCAAAUUGGGCCUUGAAACAACUUGUGCAAGAAACUGAUCAACCUGCGCAAUUCUUGAAGGAGAUACUGAAUGAGCUUUGUGUGUACAAUAAGCGUGGAACAAAUCAGGGAACUUAUGAGCUUAAGCCAGAAUAUAAGAAAUCUGCCGAGGAUACAGGUGGUGAUUAAAUAUCUGACGGUGCAAGGUAUUUUCAUUUUCUUAACAGACAAAGCUGAUUAAAAUGCAUUAAAGAGAGGAAAAAGUUUAUGGGAUGGGGUGGUGGUGGUAGUGGUGGGCGGAUGGUGUCGUUGUCACAGACAAGGUUAGCAACAAGUGAAGAAUUGUAGCUGGGAUAGGAGUGGAGGUGUCGUAUUCUCAGAUAGCGGCACUGGUGCUGACGUUUCUUUAGCAGAGCCAUUGUUAAUUCAACAGGUGAAGACUAUAGGAAAUGUUCAAAAAAAGAAACGAAAAAGAAAUGAAAAUAAGACUAGAGGAAUAAGAUUCAGCAUUGUUUAAACCAUCUGUUUGAUCUGCAGCAUGAUAACUUGCUUCUGAACUUCGGAUGUCGAUUGUUAAAAAUGAAUUAAUUUCCUGAGGCGUUAUCUGCGCGUAGCAGCUGGGAACUGGAUCCCUCUUAAUACAGCAUUAUCUUUAGUUAAACCUACUUAAUGGAGCAUUAUUUAUUAGGGAAUUUUAUUGUAGUUUUUGCAUGAAACACGAUGAGGACUGUCGUAGUUUUCUUCGGCAGGUCCAUUGCAAUUGAGUUACUUAAAACGAUUAUUAUUUAGUAAUA